UACCUUGAUUAAUUUAUUAUUAUAAUAUAUAACUAUUUAAUAAAUAUUAACCCUUUUGUAAGUUGCGAAAGAGGCAAAAAUGUUAAAUAUUUCUCAAAAAACUAACGGCAAAAAGCAGUUUGUCUAUGAAUGCAGAUGAACUCUAUGGUUCUCAGUGAGGUUAUAAAAUCGAAAUUUUGGCGGGAAAUAAAAAUAGUUAUCAAAAAUGGAAAUGGUUGAAGAUAAAUCUCUUGAAUGUCCAGAGAAGUUCGAUUUUCCUUUUCCUCCAUAUGAUAUUCAAAAUGAUUUCAUGAAGGCUUUGUAUCAAACCAUUGAAAAUAAAAAAUUCGGAAUUUUUGAAAGUCCAACAGGCACUGGAAAAUCCCUCAGUAUUAUUUGUGGAGCCACUCGAUGGCUGAAAGAUCAUAAUGAAGCUCAAAGAAAAGUACUGUCUGACUUGGUUGAGCAAUAUCAGGUGGAAAAAGAGAAGUUAUCAAAAGAAACUACCGAUUGGCUGAUUUUACAAUCAAAAGAAAUCGAGAUCAGCAGAAAAUUAGAUCGAAUACGAUUCCAGUUAAAUAAGAUACUUGAUUACGAAGAUUGUAUUAAGAAAAUCAUUCAGUCUGUAAGAAAUAAAGAGGUCAAUUACAAGGAACGAAAAUUUCAAGGCAUGAAACGGAUCAAAAGUUCUCUAGAUGAAUCAAAAAUAACAGAAAAUAUCGAUGAUGAGAUGUUGGUGGCUAAUGAAAUUGAAGAUGAAAUUUUCGAAGAAGAGGACGAGGAUGAAGAUGAUGAUAAAUAUGAGCCUGUUAAGAUUUACAUUUGUAGCAGAACUCAUUCUCAGUUAGCCCAAUUUGUGGGAGAGAUAGUGAAAUCGCCUUUUGGAAAAGAUGUUAGAGCAGUUUCCCUGGGAUCAAGACAAGUGUACUGUAUUAAUCCAGAAGUGAAGAGACUGAAGAGUAUGGCAUUGAUAAAUGAGAGGUGUCUUGAUAUGCAAAAAAAAUCAGUGAAAUCCAAAAAAGAUGAGGACGGUAAGACUUUGAAGAAGCAACGUACUGAAACUAAACAAUGUCCGUAUUAUAAACCCCAGAAUAUAGAGGAUUUAAGGAGUGUUUCUCUCGCUGAAGUAUUAGACGUUGAAGAUUUGAUUGUGGCUGGUAAAGAAUUGAAGGCAUGUCCUUAUUAUGCUAGUCGAAAAGCUGUAGACGAUUCAGAGAUAGUACUUAUUCCCUAUAAUACACUAUUACAUAAAGCCACUAGGGAAGCUAAUGGCAUAAAAUUGAAAAAUAAUGUUGUAAUAGUUGAUGAAGCUCACAAUCUACUCGAAUCUUUAGCGCAAAUGCACAACAGUGAAGUGAAUUUCCUUCAAAUAGAUUAUGCUUACAGACAGUUGAGUGGUUACAAAAUGAGAUUUGCUACCAGAUUUUCCUCAGCAAAUCUUUUGAUGAUAAAUCAACUCAUUUUCGUUAUCAAAAAACUGAAGAACUUUCUAGAUAAAAAUUCUGAGGUUAUAAGAGAAACCAAGACUGAGAUAUUUACUGUUGGGAAUUUUGUGUUGACGGCAGAAAUCGACAAUUUCAACUUGUUCAAACUGAUCAAAUUCGUGAAAAAUACGAAAAUUUCUCAAAAGAUUCAUCACUAUGCCUUGAAGUAUCCAGAUGACGAAAUUUCUUCAAACAAACCAGCUAAAGGACUGAAAAGUUUCUUAACGAGUUUGAGUAGUAGUAACAAACAAGCACCGAAGACUCCUGUCGAACCCGAAACAUCUGAAAAGAAGCCGCAAGAAGUGGCCCCAGUGAAUCCCCUAUUAUCUGUGAUUUCAUUUUUAGAAUCCCUCACUUAUUCUUACGAAGACGGAAGAGUUAUGAUGGUUCAGGAUACUGACCUCAAAAGCAAGAAAUUUCAAUUUCUCUUGCUCAAUCCAUCUUCCCAGUUUACAGAUAUUGUGAAGGAAGCACGAUCUGUGAUUGUGGCUGGUGGAACCAUGAAACCCAUAGGAGAAUUUAAAAAUAGACUAUUCAUAUCAUCUGGUGUUGCUCUAGAUAAAAUCGUUGAAUUUUCCUGUGAUCAUAUAAUUUCACCGGAUAAUAUCCUGCCCAUUAUUGUUAACAAGGGUUUGCAAGAUCAGAAUCUAUAUUUUAAUUUUGAGAAUAGGAUGAAACUGGGGCCAAAUAUAAGACAUAUACUAGAGGAAGCAUGUAAAAAAGUAGAGGGAGGAAUUGUUGUAUUCUUUCCCUCGUACCAUUAUGAGAAUUGGGUUUGGGAACAGCUGAAAGAUGUUUCUUUUGGGAGGCCUGUCUUCAGAGAACCUAAAAAUUCAGGAUCCGUCGAAGCAGUGCUGGAGAAAUAUGCUGCAGCAAUCAAAAGAUCCAGGAAAACAGGAGCGCUGUUAUUUAGUGUAGUAGGGGGUAAAUUGAGCGAAGGGCUUAAUUUUUCUGAUGAUCUAGGACGAUGCGUUAUAGUUGUCGGCAUGCCUUAUGCCAACAUCAAGGCGGCAGAUUUGAAAGAAAAAAUGAACUACUUGAAUGAAAAAGAGGGCACUGGGGCUGGAAAUGAGUUCUAUGAGAAUUUAUGCAUGAAAUCGGUAAACCAAUGCAUAGGGAGAGCAGUUAGACAUAAAAACGAUUAUGCCGUGGUAUUGUUGAUAGAUGAGAGAUAUAAUAGAACUUCAACGAAGAAUGCUUUACCUGGAUGGAUAAAAAGAAGCUUACAAGUCAGUAAUUCGACUGGUGCUUUUAAAUUAAUUGAGAAGGUUGUUUGUUUUUCAUAUUCUCUUAUUUCAAUAAAGUAAUGAAAUAAAAAGAGGUAAAAUUUUUGAAUAUUUAUUUCAGUAAAAAUAAUUCAGUUUAAGUAAUUGGUUAUCUCAAACUUGGAGUUAUCCAGCAACCAAUGAUUUCUUUACAGAAACUACCAAAAAAAUAUUUAUUAGGCAAGAUUUGUAAAGUGUUCGAAGCAAACAUGUGCGAUGUCGCAGUAUGUCAGUUUACUGCUACAAAUAACAAGGCUGAGAACUUGAAGAUAGUGUCUCGGCUAGCCACAAAAGCUUCUGAACAGGGAGCUAAGGUUGUAUUUUUGCCAGAAGGAUGUGAUUAUAUAGCUAGCAACACUAAAGAAAUUCAUGAAUUAGCCGAACCUCUUGAUGGUCCAACUGUGAAAGAAUAUAAGAAUCUUGCUACAACUUUGAACAUAUGGUUAUCCAUUGGAGGAAUUCAUGAACUCCAAUCUAAUGAUGAA